CGGUGAACUUUCUACUUUCCGCCUCUGCUCUCGUUGUUCUGCAGAGAAUUGGGGAAGAACGAAAAUGCAUCACCGUGCACAAAUUUCUCUCUGUAAAUUGUUCUCCAGUUACCCUUUUCAACGAUCUCUAAUACCCAGUUCUUCAUCUUCCCUUAACUCACUCGCAAUGAUUUCAACCCAACUCGUUUCAGGCUCGGUCCCUUUUCGAAGGCCUGAGUUUACCGCUACACCCACAUCAAAUCUCCACCAUUUCCGUCAUCCAACUCUCUCAAACUCGAUAGCCCAGUUAAUGAAAUACAGUGCUCAGUCUGGUGGCUCCGUGGCUGAGUUUGACCAGAACAAAGAGGUGGACAUGAUCAACCUCAAGUUUGCUGAAGCUAGAGAGGAGAUAGAGAUGGCUAUGGAGUCCAAAGAGACUGUGUAUUUUGAUGAGGAAGCGGAGUGUGCUCGCGCUGCUGUGAAGGAAGUGCUGGACAUGUUUAAUGGGCUUUUGGCGAAGUUGCCCGAGAGUGAACGAGCGGCAUUGCAGAGAUCAAUGGGCAUGAAGAUUGAGCAGUUGAAGGCUGAGCUUCAGCAGUUGAAUGAGUAAUGAGGUUGGUGAAAGCCUGUUUUUGUCUAGUGCUAGUUUUCUUUAAUUUUUUGGGCUUCGUGUUUGUUGGGAACAAUUUGGAAGGUGAUAUUCUAGGUGGGAGAGUUGUUGAUUGCCGCAACAAUUUGUGAUUUUUAAAAAAAGUGAUGAAUUUUGAAUAAUGAAUGGGCAGUUUGUUAUUCGAAAUAGACAACUGUUUCUAACUGGGGAAUUCCUGUAUUUGUAAUUGGUACUUCAUGCAGUGGCUCAUGCCUUAUGGUACUUACUAAUACUUUUGUUUAUUACUUCAUAA